AUCAUGCUGUUACAAGUUUAUUUAGAAAAUACGAAAAAGAUCGAAGUUGGAAAUAUUAUUUUAAUAAAUUGCGAGUACACACACAAAGUCUCUGGACUUAAAAUGAUAUAAACGAAUAAUCUUUCCUCUGUUUGUUUUUGCAGGAUAUAGAAACGUUCGAUCUAGAAGACUUCAAAUAUAACAGCGUGAAUAUGACGGCCUUUCGCUUGGUGGAUCUGGAGGAACCCAAGGUUGCCGAAGUACUCAAGCAGAUGGAACGUUUCCAGCCAGCUAUUGGUUAUGCCAUUUUGAACAAAACGGGAGUCAUUCAGGCAGAACCAGCUUUGGUGUAUGAUAGCGUGCAGGUUUUCGCGCACGGUUUGGCAGCCCUGGACCGCAGCCACGAUUUAAGACCGGCGAAUCUGUCCUGCGAGAAAGAGGAACCUUGGGACGACGGUUUAUCACUUUACAACUAUAUUAAUGCCGCAGGCUUACACGGAUUAACCGGACAUAUCGAAUUCAAUGAAGGGAAGCGAACCAACUUCAAACUAGACCUUUUGAAACUGAAGAAGGAGGAGCUCGUUAAAGUCGGCGAAUGGAAAUCCGGGUCCGGUAUUAAUGUUACGGAUCUGGACGCCUUUUACGAGACCACAGCGACGAAUAUUACUCUCGUAGUAAUGACGAGAGAGGAAAGACCCUACGUCAUGGUGAAGGAAGACAAGAAUUUGACUGGCAACGCGCGAUUCGAGGGCUUCUGCAUCGAUCUGCUCAAGUGGAUUGCCGGCCAGGUCGGUUUUCAAUACGCGAUCAAAAUGGUGCCCGAUCACAUGUACGGGGUGUACGAUCCUGAGACGAAGGAGUGGAACGGCAUCGUGCGCGAGCUCAUGGAGAAGAGAGCGGAUCUAGCGGUUGCCUCCAUGACGAUUAAUUAUGCCAGGGAAAGCGUAAUAGACUUCACAAAGCCGUUUAUGAAUCUCGGAAUUGGAAUCUUAUUUAAGGUGCCGUCGAGUCAGCCGACGCGGCUCUUCUCCUUCAUGAAUCCGCUCGCGGUCGAGAUCUGGCUCUACGUCCUCGCCGCCUACAUGCUCGUGAGCUUCACCCUCUUCGUGAUGGCUCGAUUCAGCCCGUACGAGUGGAACAAUCCGCAUCCGUGUCUGGCCGAGAGCGACGUGGUCGAGAACCAGUUUAGCGUCAGCAACAGUUUCUGGUUCAUCACCGGCACCUUCCUGAGGCAGGGCAGCGGGCUCAACCCCAAGGCAACUAGUACGAGAAUAGUAGGCGGCAUAUGGUGGUUCUUCACGCUGAUUAUCAUCUCCUCUUACACCGCGAAUCUGGCGGCCUUUCUGACGGUUGAAAGAAUGAUAACACCAAUCGAGAACGCCGCCGAUCUUGCGGAGCAGACCGAUAUAUCUUACGGUACUCUAGAGGGUGGAAGUACGAAAACAUUUUUCAGAGACUCGAAAAUUGGGAUCUAUCAGAAAAUGUGGAGGUUCAUGGAAUCGAAGUCUCCGUCUGUGUUCGUUCAAAGUUAUGAAGAAGGCAUAAAGAGGGUCCUGGAAGGUGACUAUGCAUUCUUGAUGGAAUCGACCAUGCUCGAUUAUGCAGUUCACCGUGAUUGCAAUCUGACACAAAUUGGAGGUUUAUUGGACAGCAAAGGAUACGGAAUUGCUACUCCGAAAGGCUCGCCCUGGAGGGAUAAAAUAUCUCUAGCUAUUCUGGAGCUGCAGGAAAAAGGUGUAAUACAGAUCCUCUACGAUAAAUGGUGGAAGAACACCGGCGAUGUGUGUAACAGAGACGACAAGAAUAAAGAGAGCAAGGCCAACGCUCUCGGAGUCGAAAAUAUCGGCGGUGUCUUCGUCGUCCUACUCUGCGGUCUCGCGCUCGCGAUUCUGGUGGCGAUCCUCGAGUUCUGCUGGAACUCCAAGAAGAACGUCCAAUCGGACAGGUCCCUCUGCGCCGAAAUGGCCUCGGAAUUGCGAUUCGCCGUCCGCUGCGGUUCCCGCCAGAGGCCCGCCGCGAAGUCGCGCAAUUCCGAACUGUCCUACAGAAGGAGAACGCGGCUCUGCUCCGCGGCGGAACACGAGGAGACCACCUACAUACCGAGCAUCGAGUUCCCGCGAUUAAAUGCAGGAGGGUGGUGCGUUGUCGAUGACGGAGAUGAAGAAAUCAUUGAGCUUCGAUCAGAUGCCCCAUGGCGGAAACACCUAGCACAGGCCUCAUCCUCACCUUCGUCGUCAGCAACAACAGCAGCAGCAGCAGCAACAGCAGCAGCAACUUCAGCAGCAGUCGCAACAACAGCAACCACAACCGUGCAAAGCCACUCCCACGCACACGCGUCACACACACUGCCACUCACAUUCACACCUACACAGCCACCAUGCGCACAAACACCAAGCACCUCCGCCGAGGCAGAGACGGGGGUCUUCGGGCAUCAUCUUGGGUCAAGGAGGUGACCAUCCUGAGAAUAUUCUCUGGAGAUUCGACUGCGACCUAGCGGGUGAACCGGAUGUAGUAAUUUCUCCGCCGCCUCCACCGCCACCGCCACCCUCGGCCACGGUCUCGAGGACCACGACCCUUUGACCAAUACUCGAAGAGGUGCCGACAGGUGUGCCCGCUCAAAAGGAGCUGUCCACGCAGGCCUCGGUGGUCAUCAACGUAAUCGAUCAGAAGGAGACCUGCUUAUAGCACAUAUAGUCGCCGGAGCGAGUUGGUAAACCGCAACGAGGGCCAUCCCGCGCCGACGACGAUGAUCGGAUCAUCAUUGAUUGAGAGCGUGCCGACGAGAAAUCGAAGGCUGAGAACGAUCGAUCAAUCGGACGAGAGAACUGCAACGGUUCUUUUCUUUUAUCUUCCCUUUUUUCAUUUCCUUUUGUAUGAAAUACGUUCUCCCGUGUACUCGCUAUUGUUCCAACAGUAAACAAAUGUGUAGGAUAUGAUACUAUCUCAAGAAGACUCAACGAAAUCACCACCGGCGCCCACGCAAGUAUCGAUCGAACCGGUGUUGAUGCCAAAAACGUAUGCUCCAAUCAGGAAAAUGGGAGCUACCCUGCCACGUUCGUCAAUGUAGGCUGACGUCUCGGCGAACGAAUGGUUCUCGGAAACUAUCCGAAUCAAAGCUGGUAUCUAUAUGUGAAAACAACGGAAUGCUCUGUUCACCUAUCGGUAUCAUAUAUAGCUGAUGGAAACAUACGUUCGACCAACAAAUCGAGCCGGGAUCAAAUCGAAAAGUGCCAGUGUCAUAGAUGAGUGUCGUAGAUCAAUCGCGAUAAUAUAGGAAUAAUAGGGGAAAAAUAUGCAUGGAAAAUGAAAUGCCGCGCAAUGCCAGUUGACCAGGAAUUGCUCGUGUUUCGGAGUGUGAAAAGAGCCGAAUUUUGAGUUGGUCCGAAGUGUGUCCAACCAGAGACCGACUCGGAAACCGACUGCGAUGUCGGUAGAACGCGAGCAGAGGUGGUUACAAGAGCCGAAUUUCAAAUUACACAUAUCGAAACGUAUUUAGAAGGUCGAUCAAGUCCGUCAAAGGCUGGUUUUCGCGUGCAGAAAUGUAUUUCAAAAUUACAUCGCGACUCGUAGGCUAGCAAAUUUCUCGCGGAAACUGCGCCAAAGCGAUAAAAUAGCUAAAAAAAGUAUCUGCGACGACUUAAUUGCGGUUGACAGUGAUAUGGGAUUGCCAUGUCAGAUUUUGCGGUUUCUGCGAGGUCGCUCGCGAGAUCAGCUGAUCGCACACUAACUAGCGAUUGCCAACGUCCAUUGGAAUGCAAUUUCCAAUGACAAUAAUUUCAGAUUAUAAUUUUGCAACCCAUAGUAUUUUUUCUUUCACGAAUCCUCGAUCUCGAUCGAAAAUGCGAAGCGAAAGGAACCAAUAAAAUGAAUAAAAUAAUCGAUUAUAAAACAGCUAAAUAAAAACUCACACGCGAUGAUAAAUAUAGUGCAAUAAAACAUCGACAGCUGUAUCAUAUAUAUGACUCGGACCAAAUUCGAAUUAGACCACUGCCAAAAGCCUAAACAAGUGUCAAAGCAAAAAAAAAAAAUAAAAACUAAUAUUCAAUAAUUUUUGAACGAAAGAUGAGCAAAUACUAAAAUUAAAUUGCGACACAAGUUAAUACAAAUGAUGCUUCUUAUUACGAAGAAUUGAUAUUAUUUCUAAAUUUUUCUAAAAUAACUCUACAUAUU